AUGUCCAGGCUGAUCAAAACGACCUCUGGACUCGGCGCGGCUCUCAGCACACUCAACUACUCCCUCUACGUCGCGGCGUACCUGCACUCGAAAUCGCCCAGCCGCGCCGCUCUCGUAUCCUACAUCUCGCGCAUCGUCGGGCGGCAGCGCACGUCGAAAAGCCCACCGAUCGCAGUGGGGGCGGGCACGUCGUUCCUCGCUCCGCUGGGCAGCCUCGUGUCCGACACGCGGACCACGCUGCGGCUCACGGGCUUGAUCCCGCUGUACCUGUGGCUCAAGUCGCUGGCGUCGGCCGACAAGGCGGCCGCCGGGCAGCGAAUGGACCCGACGCUGCGCGCCGUCGCCCUGGUCCAGUGCGCGGGGUACAUCGCGUACCAGCUGCUCGAGAACGUGUCGCACCUCGCGGCCAAGGGCGUGGUGCCGAUGAGCGUGGUCGAGAAGCGCGGCGGCAUGGACAGGUGGGUCGCCUGGUCGUGCCGCGCCUGGCUCCUCGGCGUGGCCUGCGACUACCUGCGCCUGCUGCGCGAGAGCCAGCUCGAGGGGUCCGACAAGACGGCCGCCACCUCGCAAGAGAAGGAGGCCUUUUCGCGCAAGUGGUGGGCCGAGUUCAUGGUCGCCACCUACUGGAUGCCCGUCGCCGUGCAUUACAGCCUGUACCCUACCGGCAUCAAGGGCUUCAACACUGGCAUCGUCGGUCUGUGUGGGUUGAUGGCCGGUUUGAAGAACUUUAAAACACAGUGGGCCGCGACUGCUUGA